AUGUCUGCAUCAGAUACGGAGAAAAAUCAACUUGUACUUGGCUAUUGGGCAAUUCGUGGAUUAGCUGAACCAAUUCGUUUGGCUUUACAUUACUCUAACACACCGUAUACAGAAAAACUUUACCAACAAGGUGAAGGUCCAGAAUUUAGUCUAGAUGAAUGGUUUAGCGUAAAACAAAGUCAGGGUCUUGAUUUUCCAAAUUUACCAUAUUUAUUUGAUGGUGAUUUGAAGAUGACUCAGUCUAGAGCUAUUUUAUAUUAUAUUGGACGAAAAGCAAAUCUCAUGGGAAAGACUCCAACUGAAGAAGCACAUGUAAUGAUGCUCUGUGAACAAGCCCAUGACUUUCGGAUGAAAACAGCACCCGUAGCUUAUGGCCCAGAAGGAGCAACCAAAGAAGGAAGAAAAAACUGCGUUGACACAGUUAUAUCUGAAGAGUUAAAAAAGUUCGAUGAUUAUUUUGGAAAACAUAAAACUAAGUUUGCUGUUGGUGAUCAUCCAACUGUAGCUGAUUUUCAGUUAUAUGAGUAUAUCGAUGCUAAUUUAGCAAUGGAUGAAGAACAUACUUUAGUUGAUAAAUUUUCUAACAUCAAACAGUUUAUGAAAACAAUUCGUGAAUUACCAAGAGUAGGAGAUUAUAUAACAAAAGCACAUGCUCAAUUACCAAUCAAUUCUAAAAUGGCUAAAUUUGCUGGAAAAGUACUUGAAGAAAAAUAA